GGAAUAAAUAGCAAUAAUGGAACAACAGCAGACAGCACGUAUACAAUUCAAACAGCUUAAAGGUUUCCCUCCCGUCAUCGAUGAUAAGCUAGAAACGGAAAUGUUUUUAACAUCUUCAAAUGAAAUUGUUGAUGUGAUACGUUCGUUUGGUUCCCUGUUUACUCCCGUUAUAAGUGAUAUGACCGGCAACAUAACUAAAAUCCGCAAAGCCUAUGAAAAAAACUGCCAAAAAUACAAAUACCUAGAUGAUCUAAUAAUACUCAAUAUCGGGGUAGAUAAUACCGCUGCCAAUGCUUUGCUAUGGUUAAAACGCGGUCUACAAUUGAUAUGCACAUUUUUCGAAAAUAUUUACAAUGAUGUUCAGCAGAGCGAUGUCGUCAAGAAACACCUACAAGAUGCCUAUGAGAAAACAUUAAAACCUUAUCACGGUUUUAUAGUACAAAGUACGAUAAAAAUUAUUUACAGUUGGGUGCCAACCAGAAGUCAGCUUAUCGGUCAAGGUCCAGAUCAUGACGAAAACAUAAAAGUCUUAGCCACAUUCUUACCCACAAUGCGCGGCCAUCUGGAUCGCAUCGAUGCCUUGUUAAAGAAACACAAUUUGGAUGAUAAGAGUAAAGUGUAGCCCGAAAACGGUGAUUUUGAUUUCGUAAUGUAUGGCCAGUUUAAAAAAUAUAUUUUGCAUUAUUUAUGAUUUUUGUUGUAGUUUUAAGUAGUAAUAAAAUUCAUGAUUUUUAGAAAA